AUGGCGUUUGACAUGCACCAGUUUGCGCGGCGAGAAUCGAUGCUUGCCAUGGCCGUGAAUCUCCCGGCGCCUCUGUCUUCAUCGCCAUCUUCAGCGCCUUCAGCACCCUCAGCAGGCCCGGCAGCUCCUGCGCCGCUGCAACGCCGCCGUCUGCCACCGCCGUACCCGCGGCGAGCUCCAUCGUCGUCUUCGCUUCAACUCCCUGCUUCGUCCACCCUGGCUUUUCUUUCUGACAUAUCUUCUACUGCAUCUACUCCUGCUUCUAAUCCUGCUGCUGCUGCUGCUUCUGCUACCGCCUCAGUCUCUGCUCCAACGGCUACUCCGGCCGCAGCCUCAGCCUCGGCCGUCUCUAAUAAUAUCACCACCACCACCUAUACUAAUAGCAUUUCACCUACUACACCAAUUCGAGGACAAACUCGUCUGCCUUCGUUUGCUGCCGUCACUGCCGCUGCUGCUGCCGCCGCCGCCGCCGCUGCUGAUUCAUCGUCUGCUUCUUUACCUCUCUGGCCGCCGCUCUCUCCGCUUGAUUCCUCGCCAUCCUCUGCCUCAGUCUCGUCGUCCUCGUACACGCUCUCCCACCCAGUUCUGCCGCCGCUGCCCAUCAACCUGCCGCAGGAGGGCUCCCCAACCUACCUGCCCUGGACCUCGAUACACCACCACUUCCCUGGACUGGAUCCUCUGGUCUCGCUUUCAGCGCCUCUCAACACCAACGCCAACACCAUCGCCAACAUCAAUAGCAGCGGCGAGAACAAUCACAGCGGCAACUCCGACACCAGCAACGCCAGCAGCGACGCCGACAUCAACGACGCCCCUGCCCACUUCAGCACGCCGUCCUUCAACCACUUCCCGGCCCUGAUCGGAUCGCAGCCCUUGCCAUUCUGGCCUGCCUACGACGACUCCAUCAGCCUGCCGUCGACAUGGAAUGAGUCUGCUCACGCUCACGCUCACGCCCACGCUCACGCCCACACCCACGCCCUCAACCGCCUCGACCGCCUUGACGUUUCCACAGCCAUCAACCAGGCCGUCAUAAUCGCCGCUGGCACGCCCCUCCCUCCAUCAUCACCUGAUCUUCAACCUGGUCUUCCAUCACCACGGCCAUUUGCUCCCCCGCCCAGGUCCGACGAGGCCUUCCUGCUGCAGGAUUUCGACAUACACUCUGACAUCGACGCUGAUUUUGGCGACCGCCACCGCCUACGCGCCGAAAACCUGCGUGCCCGGGCUCGAGCGCUGGCCUCGACUCUGGCGACAUUCUCGGCGACGUCGGCUUCAGCUGCCGCUCCCACUGCUCAGCGACCUGCAGCGCCCCGCCAGCGCCACCACCGCGCUAUCCAGAAUCAGGCGUUGCCACCAGCCCUACUGGACGACUUCGCUCUCCCUCGAACCGUCACCGGCGCCUACAACGGCAUCUUCGACGAGCCUGAGGACAUCCCCAACUUUCCUUUUCCAUUCCCCCUCGCCGACGCGGCGCUCCCGCCUCUCUCCUCCCCAUCCGCCACCAUGCCCGCAGCAUCUACGGCGCGGCGACGAUCGCGGAGACAGACCAUCACGUCCGAGACCUUCGACGACCCGACUUCCACUUUCGCUUCCACCUCGCCCUCAACAGGCGCCGCGCAUGGCAACAAGCGCCAGAGGAUCGUGCCUCUCGGUGCCGACGCGAACCAGCACAUCAUAGACGACGAUGACGACUCCCUAUUUGGCGACUCCAAGCCGCUGCAGGUCGAGGACUACACCACGAUUGAUCUCACCGAGGCCACUGAUGUCCCCGAAGAGCUCAAAAAGCCCAAAGUCGAUAAUAGAACCAAGCUAUCUGGUUUUCAAUGCGUCAUAUGCAUGGACGAUGUGACGGGAUUGACGCUCACUCAUUGUGGUCACCUAUUCUGCGCGCAGUGCCUUCACUCCUCGCUCAACAUCGAUUCAACCAGAGGCAAAUGCCCCAUGUGCCGAUCCAAAAUUGACAUGAAGGCUCGCGACUCUUAUACCACCAAGACGAAAGGCUACUGGCCUCUCGAGCUAAAAUUGAUGACGAGAACGCGCCAAGGCAAGCGAAAAGCUCAGGCCAUGACAUAGAUUUUACAUCCAUUUACGACCGGAGUUUUUUUUUUUCUUUCCUUUUUUUUUUUUUUUUGUUUCUUGUGCUUUUUUGAGAGGGGUCUUUUUAACGGAUAUGCCACCACCAACAACAAUAAAGCCUCCACAGAAGCCACCACCAGUAAAAUUGGCUCAUCUAUAUAUGCCCACGGGCAUAAACCACCAAGUUUUGAUAAAGGCAUGACUCUCAGCGGUACAUUCAUGGAUGGGGCGCAAGCGUAUAUACCAUAGUGUUUUUAUUUUAUUGAUCUCUUCUUUCUUCUUCUCUCUCGAUGCGCCGUUCUUCCCUCGGUCUUUGUAUUCUUAUCCUUUCUUCACGGCAUUACAAGUAGAUACUUUGUCCAGGCUGCCACAUAUGGGACGGAUGGCAUUUCGAUGUUGCAUUCGGGCUUUUACCUAUUGCCGCUUCUGUAUAUAACCCCUUUACCGCGAAAUAGGAAAGCAUAAUAUGAAGAUAUUCAAAAGAAACAAAGUCCAUAGCACAGCUGGUGACUGUAUAAAUGCCAUUCAAGUGAUUUCGGUGCCUGUUUCGUUAUAAGCGGUCGAACAGCUGCCAAGGUUGGGAAUUAAUAUACGGCCAUCACGUAGCAUUGUCUGCAGCAACCAGUUUGCCUUUGGCAACCCAUAUCCUACAACGUGUACUUUUUGGGAAAAAAAGAAUCUAUUUCAUCUUUCAGAUAAAAGGCAGUUUGCUCUCUCUACCUACCUACCCCCAUGCUCGUCGCGUCCUCCCGUGAAUCUUGUAUGCUUCUUUGUAUAUGUGUU